AUGCAAAAGUGCGGGUAUUACCCGGUGAUGGCGGCGGACGGCCAUUCCUACGAGCGGAAGCAGAUCGAGCGCUGGCUCGCCACCAAGUCGACGAGCCCGAUGACGGGCGAGGCGCUCGAGCAUAGCUUCCUCACCCCAAACCACGCGCUGCGCGGGCGGAUUGGAGAGUGGCGAGAGGCUUGA